AUGUAUGUUUUGAAGAAUAAUGGUACACAACAACUGUUGAAAACGGAAAGUACUGAUUUUCUCCCGCGAUGUGUAAAGCUGACUGUUGAAUUCGAAGAAGUUCAUGGUACAAGACCAAGUAAUGAACGAUUAUUUCGUCUGAUUGCUGAAUUAGUGGACGCGGUCGAUUCAAGUGAAAAAAAAUUGGUUAGUGAUAAGUGUGCGUUUGGAAAUGUAAACUUUGGUCGAUUAUUUACAAUUGGAAUGCGUGAACCACGUGAUAAACAAGCAACAACAUCAUUUACAUCAAAAAAUUAUAAAAGUCGUCUUGAACUCUGCCAGGCACCAUCUAACUAUUAUGUUGUUGUAUUUUUUUUUUCACUUGAAUUAACAUCAACUACAUAUACAGGUUUAGCUGGAAAUUUAAUAUUUAUUUCAUGGACAAUUGGUCAAGUUAUUGUUACUCUAUUUGCGUUUAUAACACUUGAUUGGCAAAAAUUAAAAUGGGCUAAUACAGCUUUUAUUGGUUUAGGAAUACCUUAUCUUUAUUUUAUGCCAGAAUCACCAUUAUAUAUUUAUGCUAAAGGACAAUAUGUUUCACUUGAAAAUAUUCUAAAACGAAUAGCAACUCAAAAUGGACGAAAAGAAACUGAUUGGUAUUCAUAUUAUCAAGAAUUCUUACGUAAUCAACCGAAAAGAUUAUCACAAACAAGUGAAUCAACAUAUUCUCAAAAUUCUUAUCUAUUACUUAUCAAUCGAACAACUAUAAUUAAAUUAAUAUUAACAGCUACUAUAGCUAUGAUGGAUACUUCACCAUAUUUAGGAAUAUUAUUUGGUGCUAUUGUUGAAACAAUCAGUUAUAUAACAAGUUCUUUACUUAUUUCUAGUAGACUUGGUCGAAAAGGUUCAUUUAUUUUAAUGAUGAGUCUUACAAUUAUUUGUAUUAUUCUUAUUCCAAUUAUUGUAAAAUAUAAUUCAAUUGCAAGUCUUGGUUUAGCUCAACUUGGAAAAUAUACAAUAUCUAGUACAACUGCAAUUGCAUGGAUAUUUGUACCAGAACUUUUUCCAACUUCAAUUCGAAGUAUUGCUAAUGGAGUUUUUAUUGUAUUUAGUCGUCUUGGUGCUAUAACAGCACCAAUUAUUUAUACAACAAUAAGUAAAAAUUAUUUAUCAUAUACAUUUUAUGUAUCAGCAGUUUUAGCAUUUGUUGUUUUAUUAUUUUCAUUAAUGUUACCCGAAACAAAAGAUAAACCAAUGGAUGAUAUAAUAGAUUAUACUACAAGUAUAACUGAUGUUUAA